AUGCCGGAAACAGAAUCAAAAGCAAUCCGCAGACCGCCGGUAAAGGUCGAGCUCGCAUUGCCGCCUCUCUACCAAGGCAAAGGCUCCUACACUCAAACCCCCAAAGAAGCCCGUGACGUCCAAUUCGCCUUGCCGGGAUCACGAUCCAAGCCAGUCGAAGUGCUCCAGAUAGACUCGGCGGCUGUGCCCCAGCCAUUCGUUGAUCCAGCUGUCUUCAAGAAAUGGGGCGGCGCGACUUGA